AUGCAAGCACCGCGGCGACAACAACGCCGCCGACCGCCCCGAUCCUGCGCAGAAUGCCGUAGGCGCAAGAUCAAGUGCGACCGGGACCAGCCGUGCAGCCAGUGUGUCCUGUCGAAUGGUCGCUGCCUAUAUGAUGGCGGAGCCGGAAAUACGACCUCGCAACACCAGCGACGGCCUAGGCUGUCUGUGCCAAGCUCGGGAUCGGGCUCCGGAGCAGUCCCAUCAUCUAGAGGGAGUCGGACCGGAACCGCCGGGCCGCACCCGCACCAGCGUCAGCCAGCAGCGGUGUCUCAAGCACCGCCGCCUCUGACUGUCAGCCUGACCGAGGUGCAAAGGUAUCAUGACCAACCGUCGUCGAGGCCGUCUAUCAAUCCCGAUGGGAGGAGAGAGGGUGAAGUGCAUGAUGAUGCGCUCGGGGGACAACUAACCCGUCGUCUCCAGUCGCUUGAGGAAUGGCUUUCGAAAUAUGCUGCCGAGGUGGCGGCGGCGACCGGGAUGGCUUCGAAUUUAGCAUCCUCGCGUAGUGACAAUUGCAGCCAUGAGCAUGGUGAUAAUAAUGACGGGUACCACAUGGCGGAGGCCGGCCUGGAAGGUGGCGAUCAGCUGGUGCUGCACAAAUCGAGGCUGUUUGGUCAGACGCACUGGACAAAUGCCGUACAUGAGUUCAAGAGGAUUGCCGCGUUCAUGAGGAACGAGGCCAGGAGCUCGCUGGAGACCGCGACCACAACUACGGCCAACACGGCCGCCAGCGUCCAACAAGUGCGAGCGCUCCUGCAACAGUGCAAGAAUCUCUCAAAGACUUUGAAAACGACUCGGCCGGGAAGAUUUCUAUCUCAUCCAGAAUCUGUUGCAUAUACUAGAGAUGCAGCGGACCAUUUAGCACGGCUAUAUAUCUCACAUUUCGAAUCUGUGUUCCGCAUCCUCCACGUGCCGUCGUUUUGGUCAGAGUGGGAGAACUACUGGGCGGAUCCCGCGGCAGCCAUGGAUGUGACGACGCUGAGGGUCCAACUUGUCGUCGCCAUCGGGUCGGAGCUUUCCGGGGACGAGCAGCCAUCUUCGUCAUCGAGAGAUGUCCGCCAGACGGCUUGCCGAUGGGUGUUCGCUGCACAGGACUGGCUGGCUGCACCGCUUGAGAAGGACCGGUUGAGUCUGGAUUGCAUCCAGAUACAAUGCCUGCUAAUGCUGGCUCGCCAGGUGCUCUCCAUCGGUAGCGAUUUAAGUUGGGUUGCGAUGGGCACGCUUCUACGCUGCGCUAUACAAUUGGGCCUGCACCGCGACCCGAAGCAUUUCCCGUCGAUGAGUCUUCUUGAGGCCGAAGUACGGAAAAGACUAUGGGCAACCAUUUUGGAACUAAACAUUCAGACGUCGCUGGAUUCCGGCACGCCGCCAGGCAUAUCACAUGGCGACUUCGACACAGGUCCGCCGUCGAAUGUAAACGACGAAGAUCUAGACGCAUCGAUGACGGCGCGCACUCUUAAGCAGCAACCCGACAGGGUCACAACUCAGACUUCGUUACAGCGCUUUCUGUUGCGGAAUCUACCGGACCGGCUUGAAAUGUUGCACUGCAUGAACGGCAUAGACAAAACACUGAAGGACGAGGAUGUCCUAUCACUCAGCGCGAGAAUCGGAAAAGCCUGUCGGGAGUGCGUCCCGUAUUGCCAGCCGAUGCAAAGUGAAUCAGAAGUUGCAGAAACCGAAAGAAACGAAGCCGACAUCGCGAUUUUCAGGCGAGCCACGGCCCAGUUCCUGCUACGCCGCUUCCUAUUAGUCCUCCAUAGGCCACUCGCAGGCCGCAUCAACGAGAACGCGCUGUACUACCACUCUCGCAAGGUUAGUUUCGACACGGCUGCUGCGCUUCUGAAGCCCGUGAACAGUACCAACGCCAAGUUUUCACGCCUUAUGAUUCGUGGUGGCGGCAUGUUCCGCAGUUGCCUCAAUCAUAUCUCGCUGGCUCUAGCUUCAGAGCUGCUUAUUGAGAUCGGAAAUGUGGGAGAAGAAGGGGAAAAGGGAGGGAGUUCGGCUUAUCGCCAAUUACUUGAAGAUGCUGUCAAGGAAGUACGCGACCUUUGGGCCGAGAGGUUGAGGCGUGGGGAUACUAAUGUGCGGUUGCACAUGAAGCUUAGCAUUGUGCUGGGAAUGGUGGAAAAGGAAGAGGACGAGGAAGAGAGAGGGGCCAGGGGCAGGACCGGUGGUGGAGGCGACGUUGGAAUUUCGACACAGCAGCGUAUGACGAAGAGCGCCCAGGAGAGUCUGGAGACUUGUAUUCGCUUGAUCAAGAGGAGCUUCUCUGACUGGUCUAUUACUGGGAGUGAGGGUCGUGCUGUGGACGAGCCGAUGUAUUUGACGGAUUACUCUUUUGAUUUGGGGGAUGAUACCUUUCGGACUUCUGAGCUGGGUGUAGGUUUAGCAGGCGGAGGGGAAUUUAGUCCGAACGCGUUGCUGUUCUGA